AGCGCUAAAUUCAACAAAAUGGAGUCUCCUGACACUGAAGAUAUCAGCAUGUCAGAUUCCAUGAAGAAUGAGGUUCCACCAAAGAAAAGAAGAGCAUUGAAGAGAGUUAUGAAAAAAGAAAAAGCAAAGACUUUUAAACAGAAAAGAAACUUGAAUACAUCACUGUCGUCACUGUCUAAAAGUUUUAAUAGAAGUGUAACAAGUCGAGUUAUCAAACAAACACUGCAGUCAAAUAAUAGACAGUUAGCCAUGACUCUAGAGAAAACAAGAAAGGAUCUCAGAAUGGCUAGUAAUGUAAUCAUGGACCAAAAAAGGGAGAUAAUUGAUCUACAGACACAAGUUACUACAUACAAACACUUAGCUGGACUUAAACCAGAUGAAAUAGAGAAUGAAGUUAAGAUAAGAAUGGAGAAAUAUAUAUCUGAGUUAAAGACACAUCUUGGUAGGAUGGGACAGCAGUUGUUUGAUGCUACUGCUAGUCUUGGAGAAGCUAUGGAUUUGUGUAUGAACGUUUCUCGGAGGUCAACAGGGUCAUGUAGAUCUUCAUCUAUGUGUUUUAUCUCAGAUGACGAUGGAGACUUUCAUCAUGGACAAAUUGUAAGGGCACCAUUGCACCAUACCAAGGUUUUAAUGACUGACUCACCUACAAGAGCAUUGCCACAGAGAGUGGCUAGACUAGACAUGAGUGUUAUUACAGAGCAGUCUAUAUUGAUUGAUGAUAUCUCACAGCCUGAUGAACUGAUGGAAUUACCUGUAGAGGAAGGUAUACAGGAAGAAGUUUUAGAGGAGGAAAAACAAAAUGCAUUCGGAAUAGUAGAUAAUGAGGUUUUACAUGCAAAAACAAGAAGUAAAAAGAGAAAGCAGACAAAUACUGAGAAAGAGAGCCAGCAAUCUGAAGAGGUUCAUUUAUCAGAGAAUAUAGAUGGUCAGAAAAAUAACAUACAACUGGAAGAUAAACAAACAAACAUAGAAAUUACUGAACAGCAAACCCAGGAUAAAAGUUCAGAACAUGAAGGGAAAAAGAAAAAACGAAAUCAAUCUGGAAAUUCAACUGAGUCAACUACAUUAGACAAAGUGAAAGAUGAUCAAUCUAAAAAGGUUUCAAAAAAGAAAGAAAAAAACUCAACUAAGAAUAAUGAAACACAACCAAGUAAAAAAGAUAGAAGAGGAACAUUUGUUGUGCCAAAUCCUGAGAAUAGUACAAAUAUGACUGACAAAGUAGAAUCAGAAGACAAUGAUAAAAAUAGAAGAGGAACAUUUGUAGUACCUUCUGGUACCAUGCAGAACCUCAUCCAGUCAAAGGAUAGAAGAGAAACUUUUGUUGUGUCAGAAAGUAAUCAACAGCUACUUGCUACAAAGUCACAGGAAAAUAUUUCAUUGAAAAAAGAAACUUUGUUACCAAAAUCCUCAAAAUCUGAUACUUCUGUAAACUCUAAGGAAGACAAAAGAAAGACAUUUUUAGUUCCAUCAUCUAAAGACACAUUUUUACUGCCUGUUGCUUUGAAAAAACCAACACCUCAAAAUUUUGGGGAGACAGAUGUUACAGAAUAUUUUAAUAGUGACAUGGAUUUUACUGAAAUCAUCGAUAAUUCUAAAGGAAUUAUUCUGGAAACUUCUGAUACAACAGCAGAUAAUCAGAAAAUGGUAAAAUCUACUAAAGAUUCUGAUAAAAUAGGCAAGGCUUCUGUACAAGUUGACAAAAUGGUUAAAAAUGAUAUCAAUAAGAAUGGGAAACAGCCGGAGGUUGUCAAUGACAACUUAAAAGACAAAAGUAAAAUAGAAGAUAAAAAGAAUGAAGAACACCAAUCAGCUGUUGAAUUUAGACUUCCAAAACCAGGAAAAAUUGUAUUCGCAGCAUCUAGAAAAAUGUUUGAUGGAACUAGAGAACGUGUACCAAGCAAGCUACCACAAAGAUCUCGCUCUAAAACUAAAAUCAAGCUUACUCAACAUCAAACUGAUGAUAGUAACGUUAAGUCUAUAUUUGAUUUCCAUGAAAGGACACCAACUGUUCUGAAACAAGCAUCUUCUGUAUAUGAUAUGUCUAUGGAUGUGUCUGUUCAUGGAGAAAAGGAAUCAUAUGGGACAUUCAGGGACAAACUAAACAAUCAGACCACUGACAGCCAAAUAGAUGAUCAUAAAAUUCAGUUCGCCCAUACAAAUAAUGCCAAAUUACAAUCUGACCAAACAGAUAAUCAGGAAUUACAGUCUGACCAGAACAAAAAAUCAGCUACAGGAGAAAAAAAGAUGAAUAACAAAGAGUCCAAUGGAAAAGGUGAAAUUAUAUAUAAUCUGCCUUUAAAGGGUUGUUCUCCAGACAUCCCAAAGAAAACUUCAAGGUCUAGGUCUAAAAGUAAAGGCAGUGCACAAGAAAGAGAGAGAAGUGAGUCAAGAGGAAGGAGUAGGUCUCGUGGUAAGAGAAUCACAGUAGUGAAUCAGGAUGUGGAUGAAGGACAGUCUGUUUUAAGGAAUGAAUCUCAGAAAAGAAAGUCGGGAGAAAAGGCAAGUGAAAAUGAAGAUAUUGAUGCUGAAAUCUCUGUAAAUUCUAAGUCACCUGUAAAAAAAUUCCCUCAAAAGAAAAAUGAUGAAGGUGGUAUUGAAGAUGAACGGCCAACUGAAUCAAGAAGUCGCUCUCGUGGUAGAGGUAGACCUAAGAAAAAUAAUUAUGAAAUCGUAGAAAAUAUUAAACAGACUACAACAUGGAGUAAAUCACGUGGCAGGAGUAAAGCAAGGAAGAAGGAAAACGAGGCAUGUAACAAAGAUCAUGUGAUAGAAAGUCAAACAAAGGAAGAAAAAAGAAGUAGAUCUAGAGGAAGAUCAAGGACACGAAAAAAUGAUGAGUUAAAGGAACAGGAUUUAGGGGAACCUGAGUUCAUACCUUCGAAAACAAUAACACGAAGUAAAUCUAGAGGUAGAUUAAGGUCAGAAGCCUUGUCUGAAGUUAUUGGUAAUUUGGAAUCUGAUAAGGAAGAAACCAUAUCCCUGGAGCCAGAUAUACUGUCAAAUGCUGAUAUUCCAGACUCAAACAAAAUUUCAGCUAAUUCUAAUGCAGUUGACAAAGAAAAGUUAAAAAAUUCAAGAUCAAAUAUUCAGAAAUCAAGGUCGUGUGGAUCAGGACUGAAAGAAAGUCAAGGAGUUGACAAUGUAAAGCUUGAAUCAAACUAUCAAACAGGACGUUCAAAAUCAUACAUAGCACCCAAAACUGAUCUAAGUGAUGAGGAGGACUUUCAAACUUCUGAAAAGCUAAAGAAAAAAUCAAGGACAAAAUCUAAAUCAAGUAAAGAUGAAGAUCAUCCUUUAGAUAAAUUAUUCAAAAGUGCAAGGAAAAAGAGUUUCCCUGACAAGAACUUCCCUUGUGAAAAUGCAGAAAACAAAGACAUUGUAGAAACAACAGUUUUCUCUGGAAGCAAAAAGGAAACUUUUCAUGAAAUUUGUGAAACCCCAUUGAAGCCUAGAGAUGAAAUAAUCAAAGACAAUAGUGGAAAUGAAGAAGAAAUCUUAAUAGAUGAAUCCCCUGUAAAAAUUGAUUUGAUGUGUGUUACAAAGAGGUCAAGAUCUAGAAGUCAUAAACUGGACAGAAAUCAAGACUUAGUAACAAAAGAACAGGAGCAUGUUCCAGAUAAGUGCUUAGAACAAGUGACAGAGAAACAAAUAUCAAAAACAUUAAACAUUGAUAACGAAUCAAAAAAAGAACACAUCCCAUUAGAUAUUGUCUUAAAGGAAGGAAAAGGGAAGAGGCGCCACGACUCUUCAUCAGAAGUUAGAUCAGAGAAAAAGAAAAAGGCAAAGAAAGAAGACAAAGAGAAUACUGGAACUGGUACAUCAAGUAGUUUGAGUUUAUUAAAAAAGAGACUGGCAUCACUUGGUCCUAAAAUGAAACCUGAAAAUAUGGAGUCACCAAUAAAAGUAGACAAUAUUGACAAACUGGAGUCCAAAAAUGUUCAUAGUCCAGCUCUUGUUUUAAAGAAACCAGAUGAAAAUAUAAGUCCUAAUGUAUUAUCAAAUGAAUCUGAGGAAUUCAAGAACAAUAGAUCAUUCAAUGAAGAUGGUGUUGUUACUCCUAAUGCAGAGAAUGUACUGGAAGAACCAAGGUCUAGAAGAAGAGCUGCAAAUGUUUGCUAUAAAGAAAAGCCUUUACAUGCGAAACUUAGACGAGAAGAUGUCUUGGCUGGCAAAAAAUUGAUUGGGUGAUUGUAAAGAGAGUAACCAAACAUGCUGGAAAUGUUGGAUUGAAGACCAAUUAAGUUUGAAGCUCUUGUGUAUGUGCUCUUUUAAGCUACAAGUAUAAACUCUAUUGAUAGUAUUGCUAAAGUACAAUAGGAUACUCUUAGAAAUUGUAAUUUUUAAACCUAACAUAUGUUUUGUAUUUAUUUAUGGGAACAAAAAUAUAUUUGUUAAUUGAUGUAUUAUGAAAAUUUUAAUAUGCUUUUUCUGUACAUGUUGCUUUACCAGGUAGGCUAGCCAGGUACAAAACUUACUGACUUGUUGGAUUGUUAUUUUCCUUAGUUCUAUAAAGGAUGAGGACAUUUCAUUAAAGUUAUCUUCAUCCUUUCUUCUUUACUUAUCUGCCCUUACCUUCCUUCCAUACUUGUCUAGAUCUGUACUACACAUAGUUAUGGUGCCGCAUGUAAUGUAAACAGUUUUGGAAUGUUUUUUUAGAUGAGUAUUUUAAUAUCAAUUUUUAUUUUAACAUUUCAAAAUGCUAAUUAUUUUUGAUAGAAUUGUCAAUGUAUUGUAUUAUAAAAAUUUAUUUCAUCCUAUUAGUUUUUAUAAUACAUUCUAUAUAAAAAUUAAAUAUUCUAAAUUAAAAUGGAAAAUGAGAUGUGACUGUAUUAUGAAACAUGGUUAUUUCUUCUAUCUACCCCUAUUUUAGUAUUCAUUUUAAUUGUUGUUUGUAUGAUGUACAAGUUUUGUAAUGGAAAAAUGUUCAAUAUCUCAUGUGAAAGUAAAAUUUUGUAUACAAAACUGA